UUAAAAUGAAUAGAACUAUGGGUUCGGUUUGUUCGGUUGCUUGCCUCUUGAUUAUUGGAACUCUCUUACCCGUCAUUGUUGCUGUUGACCACGAGGUUGGAGGUGAUUUUGGUUGGAACUUGCCUCCGACGCUCACCUUCUUCUCUGAAUGGGCUCGUAAUACCACGUUUUUUGUCGGUGACAGGCUUAAAUUUGUACCACGAGCCAACGAGACACACACUUACGCCGAAGCCGAAUCUCAAAAGGAUUAUGAUGGAUGCAUAGAACAAGGAAUAGUGUUUGAUUCCUCCAUUAUUUUAACCCUACACAAUCCUCCUCGUCGUCGCUAUUUUGUGUGCACUGAUGGUAACCAUUGCAACAAUGGCAUGAAAUUUUCCAUUGAUGUCUUACCCAAAUCAGCAACAACAACGCCCAAUAUGGCACUCAAAAUUGAUGUCUUCCCUUUGCUUCUCUUCAUCACUAUCAUGGCCAAUAUGUUCUUUGUUUGA